AUGCUCGUCAUAUUUGACCUGUAAUCGAUACGCUAUUGCUCGGGGUAGGAAAGAUACAGGACACCUUAAAGGAGGCUGUGCUUCUCUUUGCACUGGCCUUUGAAUGCCUGUGCUUGGCGGCGUCAUGACUUAGUGAGACGGCUCACGGUAUCCGAAGUAAAACCCGAGAACAUCGGCAUUGAUUAGCAUCAACCACAUCGUUUGUGUACAAAGAAUACUGUUGCCUAAGCACUUUGAUUCACAUUGCCAUGACUGUAAAGCAAGUGGCGUUCCUGAGCAGAGUUCCGCCGUCACCGAGCCAUUCGGUGAUAUAGUUCUGAUAUCAGGCCCGAUGCUUAAAAAGGGGGCUUAGAGAUGUGCGAAAGUCAGAGCAUCAAUCCAUUUUCAAAGAAUCAUGUUCCAUCGCCUGGUUGUCUCUUUGCUGUACGCUGUAUUGCUUAUCCAUCCGGCCAUAGCCCACUCAACCCACGCUCCCAGAGCAGAACGUGCAGCCCGAGUAAAAGAGAUUCACCUUCAGACUCCCUCGGAGGAUGCUCGGGUUGCAGAACAAUUGAACCUUACAUUCGUCAUUGACCAACAUGAUGUCAGGGUCCGGCUGCAGCUGGAGGCCAAUCGUGCCAUCAUCUGGAAAGAUGCCCACAUUCAUUAUCUCGAUAGCAGUGGAAAGCUUAAAGAGGUUGAGUCCUUUGCCGAUCACCAGGGAAGAGUCUUCUAUGGCGAUGCCUGGGUAUCUUCCACGAACAGCUCGUGGCAUCCAGCUGGCCGAGCCCGUGUGUAUCUGAUCCGUGAUGGAGAUAAUCCGUUGUUCGAGGGGACUGUAUAUCUGCUUAGUCGGUACUAUGAGCUCAAAGCCGUCACCGCCGUCGAUGGCUUGGACAACACCUCCAUCACGCACGUGGAGAUCACCGCGCCCGAUGCAGUCCUAGACCAGUUGCGAGACUUACCUACACGCACGCACAUUGGCAGCACCGCCGGAUGUCCCACCUCGCGAAGAAUUGCUCUCAUUGGCCUGGCCACGGAUUGCACCUUUCGAGAUGCCUUUGGGUCGAGUGAAGAAAUGCGACGAGGACUAAUCGGCAUGGUCAAUGCAGCUUCAGAAGUGUUCGAGCGGACUUUCAACAUCUCCCUUGCCAUCAGGAACCUCACCAUCAGUGACGAAGCCUGCCCUGAGCAUGCUUCCGAGACCAUGCCCUGGAACGUACAGUGUUCCGCCGGGGACAUAGACUGGCGUCUCCGACAGUUUGCCUCCUGGAGAGAGUCCCAAGACGCGACGAAUGCCUACUGGACCUUGAUGACAAACUGUCCAACCAACAAUGUGGUGGGUGUGUCUUUGAUCGGGGGGCUGUGCAACAUCAAUCAAGGUGCGAACGUCGUGGCGCGCACUUUGAAUCAAUGGCAGGUCUUUGCGUGA